GCUUGUUUUUGGCCUGUAAGGCGCAUUGAUGCGUCUCCUCGUGUAAGCGCUGUGAUUUUGAAAUUAGUGCUCGAUAUGGAUCGAUUUGUGGUGAAAACGAAGCGCAGCAAUGAGCCUGCCAAGCCAACCAAGCCGACCAAACGAGCAUCCGAGGAGAUCGGCUGGGCGCGGUGCCCGAUCUGCGACGCGACCGUGGCAAUCUCCGUGAUGGGACAGCACGUCGACAGCGGCUGCAAGGCGUUCGCCGGCGCGAAACGGCGGAGGAGCGACGUGGCCGCCGCACCGGCCUUAUUCGCGGUGCCGCACGAAACGCUCGGCGGGCAGUACAUCGUUGCUGAUUUCUUGAGUGAAGAGGAAGAGGCGGAGAUUUUGGCGUUCCUCGACGCCGACGCGGACCCGCCAUGGAAAGAUUGCCGCUUUAACGGUCGACACCGCGGCAAGCACUGGGGCGUGCGCAUAGAUAUUGCUGCCGGGAAGCUCCUGGAGCAAACGCACGCGAUGCCCGAGGUGCUACGCAAUGUCGUCCGGAAAAUGCGCACUGUGGACGUGCUCCAGGCGUUCUACCCGAAUGAGUGCAACGCGAUAGAUUACGUCAAAGAUCGCGGCGCGUAUCUAAAGGCGCAUUGUGACCACCGAGGGCUCUCGGGCGACGUCCUCGUGAAUUUGUGCUUGGCGGGCAGCGCGACCAUGACCUACACGAAGGACGGCGAGCCCGAGGCGCCAGCCUACCGCGUGCUUUUGCCGCGGCGCGGUUUGCAGGUCCAGACGGGCGAGGUGAGGUACAGCUACCGCCACGGCAUCUCGAACGCGGACCUCCAUGACGCGCGACGGGUAUCGAUCACGUUCCGGUCGAACAAGGACCCAAACCACCAUGUGUAAAUGUGACAAG